GCUAAAUAGGAAUUAAAUACUCCUUUCCUCACUGUUUUGGCCCAAAAAGGGACUGGAGUUCUACUCUAUACUUGUAAUUUGACAAGCAGAUGAUUGGAUAUGAAAAUCUUAAGAUAGCAUAGACUAGUUACCUGACCAACCAGGUGAUUCCAUUCAUCCUUCAUACUCUGUUAGACACACUAGAAUGUUGACAGUAACCAAAAAAGAUGGUUGAUUUUUGUUAUUUAAAUCAUCUAAUAAACAUUAAAUUCGGAGCAGGAAUGCUGUUGGAGGUUGCCCAUCUGCUUGAUGAAAAUUGUAUCGUUACCGUUACAUCACUAAUUAAGCAAAUCUCAGACCAAAAUCUUGAGGCUGUUUAAAUAAUUGCAAUUAGUUAUCAACCAACACAUUACUUUAAAACAAAGUUGGCUACCCAAAUACACCUAUUGGCUUGUCUCUUCCAUGGAAGCCUCUAUAAAUCCAGUUCCCUUUUUCCUCUUCGGAUCCAAAGUCUCCAAUACAAUCAACAAACCAUUCUUAUCACAAAAGUUCCAUAUCUGUCUCCAUAGCCAAAAUUCCCAGAAGCAUCAAAUGGCUUUGAGAAUGAUUGAGAUAGGCUUAGUGCUGGUCCUUGCGGCCAUGCUAUGGGGUGGAGUUGCAACAGGGUGAUCAUGGGCAUGACCUCAGCCUAAACUACAUUACAGGAAAUUGAUCAACCCCAUCAUCUUCAUGCUGCUCACAGCUCGCCAGCGUCAUUCAAUCACAGCCUCAAUGCCUGUGCUUGGUGCUCAAUGGUGGUGGUGCGAUGUUAGGUAUCAAUGUAAACCAAACUCUUGCUCUAGCUCUCCCGGUGCCUGUUAUGUGCAAACUCCACUAGCUAGCCAGUGUAACGCUGCCAGUGGACCUACAACUUCAGCAACUUCCCCAGGGAGCUCACCAGCAGAUUCUUCAGAUGACACUCCUGAUGUUCCAACCACACCAUCAGAGUCAGGCAUCCCUUCAGGAGCAGGGUCUAAAACAGUUCCAUCAACAGAUGGGAGCUCAUCUGAUUGAGGAAUCAUGGAUUCACCUCUCCAUUUUGUAGUUCUUCUCUUCAUCACAUCAUGUGUUUCAACAUUUACCAGAUUCUGAGCUUUCUGUAGAGUUCUGGGGCUUGCUAUAGGAAUUGAAAAUGGUAUCUUUUUGUACUGGAAUAAUGCUGAUUUGUGUUAGUUUUUCUGAGUGUUUAAUACAAUAAUGAGGGGAUUUCUGUGUC